GAGUCAAGUACCAAAUAAUACACAACGGAUGCCAUUCUUAGCUUUGAAAAUGGGCGACGAUCGAAGAAGGGCUAUGUACGAUGGCUUCAAUAGUGACACCCUAAACCCUAAACCCUGAUGCAUGGGUGAGGGUUGCAGAGGAAUUUGUGGAACGUGCGUUUGCUGGUGAGCCUCGUGUUGCCAAGUGUCCGUGCACGAGGUGUAGAAACAUGAAUUACGUGCGUUUGCUGGUGAGCCUCGUGUUGCCAAGUGUCCGUGCACGAGGUGUAGAAACAUGAUCCGGUUGAAAAAGGAUGAUCUCUCGAUUCAUCUCUGCAAAUAUGGCUUUAAGCCUGACUAUGUGGUGUGGCGCGAGCAUGGAGAGGUGGAUGCUCCUGCUGAUGUGUUGGACAUGGAUGAGGAUGAAGACCGAAUGGAGGAUAUGUUGGAGGACAUUAGACAUGAGUAUCCAGCACUAGAGACCACCGCCAGAGGAAGUGCAAAAUUUCUAUAAGCUCCUUGAAGCCUCAGAUGCGAAAGUGCAUGAGGGCACCGAUAUGACAGUACUUCAGGCGGUAACACGUCUCAUGGCGAUGAAGGCAAAGUAUAACUUGUCGAAUAACUGCUAUAACGAAAUUGUGAAGUUCGUUAUUGAUUUCGCUCCGAGGAAUAAUAAGAUGCCGGUGAACUUGUAUCAGUCUAAAAAGAUUGUGUCCGGUCUUGGCAUGAACUACGAAAAGAUUGAUGCGUGCGAAGACAAUUGCAUGCUUUUCUGGAAGGAGCACGCGAAUGACACGCAUUGCAUGCACUGCAGUAAGUCAAGAUAUGCAGUGGUGGUAGACGAGGAUGGAAACGCGGUUACCACAAACGUGCCAGUCAAGCAACUCCGCUACAUGCCUAUUACUCCACGGCUGAAGCGGCUCUUUCUAAAUCAAGAGACGGCGAAGCAAAUGAGGUGGCACAAGGAAGGGGAUCGUCAGAACCAAGAUCCGGAUAUCAUGGUGCAUCUGUCAGAUGGUGAGGCCUGGCAGGCUUUGGAUCGUUUUGAUCCUGAAUUCGCUAGAGAUCCUAGGAGUGCUCGUCUUGGUUUGUCGACAGAUGGAUUCACUCCGUACACCAAUAAUUCCACUUCGUACUCAUGUUGGCCGGUUUUCAUGAUGCCCUACAAUCUCCCUCCUAGCAAAUGCAUGAAAGAGGAUGUCACAUUUCUUGCCCUUAUUAUUCCGGGUCCCAAGGAUCCAGUCACGAAAAUCAAUGUAUUUAUGCAACCGUUGAUCGAAGAGCUGAAGUUGCUUUGGCAUGGGGUGGAGGCUUAUGAUAGUCAUCUGAAACGUAGUUUUAAUCUACGCGCAGCAUAUCUAUGGUCAAUUCAUGAUUUGAUGGCAUACGGCAUUUUUUCUGGCUGGUGCGUCCAUGGCAGGCUACGUUGUCCUGUAUGUAUGUGUGAAUCAAAGGCAUAUAGGUUAAAGCAUGGAAAGAAGGAAACUUUUUUUGAUGUUCACCGACGUCUCCUUCCACCCCGUCAUCCUUUUAGAAAUGAUACCCAAUCAUUCCGGAAAGGCAAGAGGGUUAGAAAUGGACCACCGAAGCGACAAACUGGUGAGGAUAUCAUGAGAUAACAUCGUGACCUAAAACCGGCCGCAAAAGGUGGGUUCGAAGGGUACGGUUAAAAACACAACUGGACGCACAUCUCAUUUCUAUGGGAGCUACCGUACACGAAGGCAUUGCUCCUACCGCACAAUAUAGACUUGAUGCAUCAGGAACGUAAUGUCGCGGAAAGCAUCAUUAGCAUGUGCUUCGACUUUACGGGUCAAACCAAAGACAACACGAAUGCAAGAAAAGACUUAGCUGAACUUUGUGAUCGCCCGCUCCUUG